AUGAUACAAGACGAAAUAGAUCUCUCUACAGAUCAACAAAAACUCUCGUUUUUCGGAAAAGACAUGGAAGAUGGUAAUACAUUAAAAGAUUAUAAUGUUCUUUAUGGAGAUACUAUCAGCCUUACUUGGACCAAAUUUCAAAUUGUUUCUCCUACGAUCCCAGCAAAUUCAAUUACAUUAAAGACUUUGGCCGGAAGAGUUAUUAUAUUAAAAAGCAUUGAUCUCAAUUGUAUGGUUGUAGAUUUGAAAGAAUUGAUUCACGAAAAAAUAGUAUUCCCUCCAGAUCAGCAAAGACUAAUUUUUGACGGAAAACAAUUGGAAGAUGAUAAAACGUUAAUAGAUUAUGGAGUUAAAUAUGGAAACCAAAUUCAUCUUCUUAGAAGAUGUCGUGGCGGAAAACCAGUAAUCUAUUUGUAUCCAAAGGAAGAAAUCGAUGCAAAGGUAAGUAUCAAAAUCAAUGAUGGCAAUUUUUCAUUCGUGUAUCCUUCAUUCGACGAAGAUAACACGUGGAAUGUGAAAGCACUCCCAUCAGGUGAGAUCGUCCACAGAGGAAAGAAGAUGAGAUAUCUCUUCUGGGAAACACUCUUCUACCCUAAUCUUAACAUGGACAAAGGAUUCAUCAUCAAAGGCGAAGAUAGUGUCUCUUUCUUCGAGGAUAAGCUGAAGUCUAUGAACCUCAACGACGCAGAGAUAUGUGAUUUCAUCACAUACUGGUGUCCGAAGCUUUGCGGAUACAAAUAUGUCAAAGUAUGCUUCCAGUUCGAAAACUUCGACGACAUGUGUCCAAUGAACGUCGAACCGAAACCAGACAACAUCAACAGAGUCUUCUUCGCAGCUCUCCCUCUAGAGAGUCCAUGCGACAUCGAACCACAAGAACUUCCAACAUUCAAUCGUGAUGGCUUCACAGUCAUCGAAUGGGGCGGAACUAUUGUUACAUCUGAAAAACUCUAA